CUGACGUUGACUACGGCCGCCCCCGGCGUUCUCUGCCGUGCAUUAUCAGGCCGCUUUAUCUAUGACCUGCUUACUCUACAUUCACAGUAACCCUCCCUUAUCACACCCUACAAAGCCUCACAUUUCCCAUUUCUCAGCUUCCCUCCCUCGACAACAUCCUCCUCGCCGUUUACUCUGUCCUGACACGCCUGCCAACUGCACCCGCGUCUGCCACCGACGAACGCCUGCCUGUCAACGUUGCCCCGUGCAAGUCGCGUGCCAGUCCGCGAAUCAGCUCAGCCCGAUUACUCCGUCAUCUGCGCACCCUGCCACACAAACCAGAACAAACAAUCAGCACUGACAAGACAUUUCGCGACUGUCCAUCCAUCCAGCGUCCGCGAUCAGCGGACAUCCACGUGGAGAAUCCGUCGCCAUCCUCUCUAUG